AUGCCCUCGGAGGCCUCCUUAGUCGAGUUCGACGUGAAGACCAGCAGCCUCUCGUUCCGGCGGACCAUGUCGCCGACCAGUGGCCAGUCUCCGCCGGCCUUGGGCAUCCGAGCCAUCGGGAGCAGGAACUUGGUCAACCCGGCGGCUGCCAAGACCCCGGUCAGGCCCCGGGGGGUCUUCACGUAG